ACAGGGUGGUGAUGUAACAGGAAGUAGUGGGUUGCCUUCCAACGUCAACCUGACAGCCGCUUCGGCUGCGCUCAUUGAGAGCCGGAGAUCCGCUGUGCCUGGUGCUCUGCGCGCAAAGCCGAAGACAGAAGACACUUCUCGGGAUUGCCUUGAACUGUGUCUUCCAGUUCAACCCGCUGCGCUGCUGUUUGGAUUUUAAUCUCUGAUCUGCAGCUGGUAUACCAUCAACCUGCUUUAACAUGGCCAAAAAGAAGAUGGAUAGCAUUGGACAGAGUGGGAUGGUGGCACUCAUACUGCUGUGUAAUCUAACAAAGAUUUUUGUGAAGGCAAGCCUGGAGGUCAAUGAAACCCAGCAGCAGCAUCCAAACAAUGUCUACCAUGAAAUGGGAGUCACCAGGAACAAGAUAGUUACAGCACAGUUUGAGUGCUAUCAAAAGAUAAUGAAGGACAUCCCCCAAAGCAGAGAAGAGCCUAUGUGUAAUCGCACUUGGGAUGGCUGGCUGUGUUGGGAUGACACCAAGUCAGGUGUCUCAGAGCAGCACUGCCCGGACUACUUCCAGGAUUUUGAUCCUUCGGAAAUGGUUACAAAGAUUUGCACCGAGAGUGGUCAUUGGUUCCUGCAUCCGGAGAGCAACCGGACAUGGACCAACUACACCCGCUGCAAUGAACACACCAAUGAAGGCAGAGUGACAGCAAUGAAUCUUUUUUAUUUAGCUCUCAUUGGACAUGGGCUGUCACUGACCUCCCUCUUCAUCUCCCUUGCAAUAUUCUUCCAUUUCAAGAGUUUGAGUUGCCAAAGGAUUACGCUCCACAAAAACCUCUUCUUUUCUUUUGUUCUGAACUCUGUGAUCACCAUCAUUUGGUUGACAGCAGUGGCAAACAACCAGGAGCUGCUACAAAGGAAUCCAACAAGCUGUAAAGUGUCCCAGUUUAUUCAUCUGUACCUGUUUGGCUGCAAUUACUUCUGGAUGCUGUGCGAGGGAAUAUACCUGCACACUCUCAUCGUCGUAGCUGUGUUCGCUGAGAAGCAGCACCUGAUGUGGUACUACCUUUUAGGCUGGGGCUUUCCUCUCAUUCCGGCUUCUAUACAUGCUAUUGCUCGAAGUUACUACUACAACGACAACUGCUGGAUUAGCUCCAAAACGUCGCUACUCUACAUCAUCCACGGCCCCAUAUGUGCUGCUCUUUUGGUCAAUUUGUUCUUUCUUCUAAACAUCGUGCGAGUGCUCAUCACCAAACUGAAGGUGACCCAUCAAGCCGAGUCGAGUCUCUACAUGAAAGCCGUGAGAGCCACCCUCAUCCUGGUGCCUCUUCUGGGAAUCCAGUAUGUCCUGCUUCCUUACAAGCCAGGUGGACGGGUCUCCUCUGAAAUAUACGACUACAUCAUGCACAUACUAAUGCAUUACCAGGGUUUGCUGGUGGCCACCAUCUUCUGCUUUUUCAAUGGAGAAGUCCAAGCGGUUCUAAGGAGGCACUGGAACCAGUAUCAGAUCCAGUUUGGCAGUAGCGUAGGAAACCACUCAGAUGCCCUACGUUCAGCCUCCUACACGGCUUCUUCCAUCACCGAGGUACAGGGCUGCUAUAGCAUCGACAGCCACACAGAACACAUGAACGGCAAAGGCUGCCAAGACCCGGAUGCCUCAAUCUUAAAGUCAGACAGCCCUUUCGCCUGACAACAACAACCCCCCCACCCCCCAAGCCCUGCUUGCCCCAUCAACCCUCUCUGCAGCAUGUUUGGAGCUCCGUGGCAAGUAAAGAAACUCAACUCUUCCUAUAGAUACAAUGUCAGAAUGAGUCAGGAAAAGGAUUUUAUACCCAGGCUCUCACCCACCUGAAGGAAAUCGCCACCUGUCUGUCACACAGACAGUACAGCAUGGUGAGCUCGAUACAACUAUUCCUGCGCUGUGUUUUCUCUACAUAUUGCAACUGAACUGCUUCACUUGACUCGGACAAAGAUGCAUUCUGAUAAUCACAAUAUUGUUGCAACCUUUCUGCCUGACAAAAUAGUUUUUAAAUGUAUGAAUAUUAACUGCUUGACUGUCCUUUUCUGGGGGUCAUGUUGUGCACAAAAAGCCUUUGGUUACACUGUAAAUUCUUUUGACAUUGUUAGUGCCAAAUCGAGAAAUCCCUGCUCGCUUCAUUUAUUUUUUAUAUUCGAUACAGAAUCAGAACGAAGAUAGGACGUCUAACAGGUGCAUAAUAAUAUAUUAAAGCUAUAUUAUAUCUUUCACAUGUUAAAUUUAAUUUAUCGGAACGUAUUCUUGUUUAUUAAAUGAAAAUGAAAUAAAUACCAUACAGUAUUUAUUAAAGUCGACAUGCUACAUUUUUUUUUCUUUUUCAAAAUUAGUCAAUUAAUUAUCAAUAUGACUUGUUGCCAGCUUCACAUUAACUUUCAUUGUAUUUCUCAUUCGUUUAAGUGUUUUUUUAAAUGUGUGUAGAUGAUUUUUUAGAAUCAUGCUUGCAGGAUUUCAUCGUGGUGAUGUUCGAGUGUGUUUCAGUGCAUCCUUCAAACCGCACGGUGGGUUUGCAAUGUACAGUUAACAUACACAUACACAAUAUUAUCAGAGAUCAGCCAUCGACACAAACUCCAAUAGCUACUCAUUACACUUGAAUGUCACAGUGAAGUUCUGGACAUAUACUGAACACACUGUAUAUGCGUCACAUUCCCAUUCACUGCUGUCUUUAGCCUUACUCUUCUCAACGUACUCCCACAUAAGCAUUUCCAGGUGUUUAGACUGAAAACGGCACUGUGUUUAAAAAAUGCAGUGUCCUCUGUAUGAACAAUGAGUGUCACAGUGAGAACAUUUGAAAUCAUACAUCCAUGACCUUUUUAAAAGAUCAGUUUGAUCAGUCUGGUAUUACAAAAAGGCGUAUACAUAAUGUGUCAAGUCAUGUUAGCAUGUCAUCACAACAUGUUUUUGUGUUUUGCGUGUCAUUUCACAUCAGUGUCUACCGAGUUCUGUUGGUGAGUCGGCAUGUCAUUUCACCUGCGAAUGUCAACAUGAAAAAAAUAUACAGUGACAUCAUUUUCCUGCACAUCCAUAAUUCAUAAAACGCGACCUCUGUAACAGCAUUAAACGACUAUCUAAAGUUAAACUGAAUUUAAUAUAUUUAUCCAAGUUAUUAUCUAAGUUAUUCAAAUGAGUAUCUUUGUGCUAGCUGGUCACAUGUAUGUUUAUUUCUGGUGUUUUCACAAGGGGGAUUCUGAAUUUCUGAUUUCUGAAUAAAAGCUCUAUAACUUGAGAAGAUACCCGUCUUAUUUAGCUUUAGGUUUUAUUCCCUAUCAUGUACAGUAUAGUACAGUGUUGCGAAACAACAGGAGUGACCUCAUUGAAAUGACUGAGGGAGUUGCAUUUUUUUUGUUCAUGUAGUGCUAAUGUCAGUCUGAACACAUCCUUAUUCAGAGGUACACGUCAUGAUAUUGUCACGUCUUGUCACAAGAAAUUGUGCAAAAAACAAA